AACACAGCUGACUGUACAUGCAUUUGAAAAAAAGUUGUCCGCGUGGAAGCUGUCUUUUGUUUCGAAUUUUUGUUCAUAAUAAAAAAAUCUUAAAAUCAUGUCUUCGGAUGAUGAAAUUUGUGAUCGUCUUUUGUGGCUCGGAUUAACCGAUGAUAAAGUAAAAGAUACAAUUAAAAAUGAAUCGUUGACAAAAUUAUUAAUGGAAAUGAUCGAAACAUUGCAAAAAAAUAUCGAUCAAAAUUCAAAAAAUCUUGAUCGAAAUAUUGGAAAAUUAGUUUAUCAAGCUGCAACAACUUCGAAGACUCAGAUACGACAUCAUCUACCAAUGUUAAUCGAAUAUAUUGCCAAGCAAAAAAUCGAUAGUGAACCAAAGUUAGCCGCUGCAAUUGAAUAUCUUCUAACAAAUCCUACAUCAGUCGAUGUUAAAGAAUUUGAAACUAAUGCCGGUGUUAAUGUUGUCAUUACUGAUGAACAGAUUAGCGAAGCAAUUGCAAAAGAAAUCGAAAAAAAUCAUCAAGAAAUAAUUGAGAAAAGAUAUAGAUUCAAUGUUGGCAUUAUAAUAACGGAAGCACGAAAAGCAUUAAAAUUUGCCGAUGGUAAAGCAAUCAAAACCGAAGCUGAUAAACAGAUUCAAAAAUUGUUGGGACCAAAAACUGAACAAGAUAUGGCUAAACCGAAAAAAGAAAAACAGCCAAAACCAUCGAAAGGUAUCGUAGUGAAAGAGGAAGAAUGUCGUGAUAUUAUUGAAUUAUUACGACGUGUAAAUUUUCAUAAAAUUGGUGAAAAUUAUAAAACCGAUGGUUAUGUUAUAACACCGAAUACAAUGCGAUUAUUGGCCGAACAUUGUAAAGCUGUUCAAGGUCGUGUACGAACUAGAUUUCCACCCGAACCAAACGGUAUUCUACAUAUUGGUCAUGCAAAAGCUAUAAACAUAAAUUUUGGCUAUGCUGAAGCACAUGGUGGUGAUUGUAUUCUACGUUAUGAUGAUACAAAUCCGGAAAAAGAAGAAGAACGUUUUGUUCAUUCGAUUCGUGAUAUGGUUGAAUGGCUUGGUUAUAAACCUUAUCAGAUAACAUAUUCAUCCGAUUAUUUUGAUCAACUUUAUGAAUUGGCUGUGAAAUUAAUCAAAUGUGGAUUAGCUUAUGUUUGUCAUCAAAAACCUGAAGAAUUAAAAGGUUUUAAUCCACCACCAUCACCAUGGCGUAAUCGUACAAUUGAAGAAAAUCUUCAGCUAUUUGAAACAAUGAAAUCCGGUAAAAUGAAUGAAGGUGAAGCUACAUUACGAAUGAAAUAUACGAUGGAAGAAGGAAAAGUUGAUCCGGUAGCAUAUCGAAUAAAAAUGGCUGAACAUCAUCGUACCGGACGUAAAUGGUGUAUUUAUCCAACAUAUGAUUUUACUCAUUGUCUAGUUGAUUCGAUGGAAAAUAUUACACAUUCAUUAUGUACAAAAGAAUUUCAAACAAGACGUUCAGCUUAUUAUUGGCUAUGUAAUUCAUUGGAUGUAUAUUGUCCAGUACAAUGGGAAUAUGGUCGUUUAAAUGUUUAUUAUACGGUUGUAUCGAAACGUAAAAUAGCCAAAUUGAUUGAUGAAGGUAUCGUUGAUGAUUGGGAUGAUCCAAGAUUAUUUACAUUAACAGCAUUAAGACGUCGUGGUUUUCCAUCGGCUGCUAUUCGAAUGUUUUGUGCACAAAUGGGUUUGACCGGUGCUAAUACGGCUGUUGAUCCGGCAAUGUUAGAAGCUGCUGUACGUGAUGUACUUAAUACUACUGCACCACGUGCUAUGGCUGUAUUACAACCAUUACGUGUAAUUAUUGUUAAUCUACCACCGAAAUCGGCACCAACAUAUCUGGAAAUACCAGAUUUUCCAGCCGAUCCAAAUUCAACCAAACAUAAAAUACCAUUUGAUCGUGAAAUAUUCAUUGAACAUGAUGAUUUUCGUUCGGAUGAUUUGGAUCCAGAUUUUCGUCGUUUAACACCAAAACAAUUGGUUGGCUUAAGAUAUGCCAAUUGUGCUAUUCGUUUAAAACAAAUACAUCGUCGGUCUGAUGAUAAUCAAAUCGAUUAUAUUGAAGUUGAAUAUGAACCAAUCGAACAACUGAAAGAAAAACCACGUGCCUUUAUUCAUUGGGUUUCGAAUCCAUUACGUGUUGAAGUUCGUCUUUAUGAACGAUUAUUUAAUCAUAAAAAUCCUGAAGAUCCAAAUGAAGUUCCCGAUGGUUUUAUUUCCGAUUGUAAUCGUAAUGCUAAAACAAUAAUACCGGCUGCAUUGGUUGAUAUUUCGGUUAAAUAUGGCCAAAUCUAUCAACAAUUUCAAUUCGAACGUCUUGGUUUUUUCAGUGUCGAUACUGAUUCAAGUGUUGGACGUCUUGUAUUUAAUCGUACUGUUUCAUUGAAAGAAUCAUCAACAAAAACGUAGACAUUUUUUUCUAAUUUUUUUUAUUAUUAUC